AUGUUGAGCAUUGGUAAAUUGUUAUUUUCGUUUUUGUUGGUAUUUGAAAUUGGUCAUGGUGCAUUACUAGGGAUUGAUUAUGGACAUCAACUGUUAAAAGCCAUGGUGAUAUCACCACAGGCCCCACUAGAGAUUGUUUUGACACCUGAAUCAAAACGUAAAGACACUUCUGGUUUAGCAAUUAUGGAGUUUAAUGGUGAAAUUGAACGUAUUUAUGGUUCCGCAGUUGGUUCUUUGGUUACAAGACAACCUCAGAACUCAUUUUUGCACAUUAAGCCAUUAAUUGGGAAAUCUAUUGAUGAUGUAUCAGUGGUAUCUAACUAUUUGAAACAUCAUCCUGGGAUAAAUAUUACUUCUAGUCCUUGGAAUUCUCUAUCUUUUGUUGUUGAUGGCAAUGAAUUCCCUAUUGAACAACUUUUAGCAAUGAAUAUACAAGAAAUUGUUAACAGAGCAAAUAAGUUAUUACAAGAUAACUCAAUUAGUGAUAAUUCUGAUACAGUCAGAGAACUUGCUAUUUCAAUUCCUAAUUAUUAUGAUCAGUAUCAACGUGAAGCUAUACUUAAUGCCGUUUCUAUGGCUGUAGAUGACCUAGAUGCAGUAAUUAUACCUGACGGUCUAUCUGUUGCCAUCUCCUUUGUACUAAAAGAGAAAGAGUUCACACCUGAUGAGCCUCAAUACUAUGCAAUCUAUGAUAUGGGAGGAAGUUCUACUCAAGCUUCUUUGUUUUCAGUUUUGAAGUCUUCAAACUCUUCCGAACCUAUACAAAUUGAAAUGGGAAGUUAUAAAUUCAAUGAUAAUCUGGGCGGUUCUACAUUUACAUUAGCUAUUGCUAAUAUUAUUGAGAAUAAGUUUCUAGAGAAGAAUAAGGAUAUUAGGUCCCAAAAACUUCAUGCUGAUCCAAGAGCUAUGGCAAAAAUAAAUCAAGCUGCAGAAAAGGCAAAAUUAGUAUUGAGUGCUAAUUCGGUAGUCACAGUCAGCAUUGAAUCAUUGAUAAAUGAUAUUGAUUUUAAAGUUAUUGUGACAAGAAGUGAGUUUGAAGAUUUCAUUCAAAAUGAGAUAUCUGAUGCAGUAAUUCCGUUGGAAGAAUUAUUUGGCGAACAGUUAUGGCAACCAAGAAUCAGUGUUAAGCAAUUGAAAGGUGUGCUGUUAUUCGGUGGAGGUAAUAGAAUUCCUUCAAUUCAAGAAAGGGUUUCUGAAUUCAUCGGGAAGGAUAAAAUUUUACGUACUGUUAAUACGGAUGAAGCUGCUGUUAAUGGUGUGAGCAUCAAAGGUGUUAAAACGUUUAAUUCCUUUAAAUUAAAACCAUUGGAUACAGUUGAUCAUUCUCCUAGUCAAUAUUCGAUAGGAUUAUCAAGCAGCAAUAAGUUACAUACUGUCUUUGCUAAAGGAACUGAUUAUCCAAGAACGUCAUCACAUAUUUUAUUUGUUGAUGAUUACGUUCAGUCGAACUUUACAUUUGAUCUAUAUGAAGAUAAGAAAUUAUUCAACACUGUAACUAUAGAUUUAGAAUCAUCUAGAUCAAAGCUUUCUAAAAAGGAGUGUCCGGGAGGUGUAGCUAUCAAUGCUACAUUUAUUUUGAAUAGAAAUAGACAAUUCUUUCUUGAAAAGUCGGAAGCUAUCUGUAUGAAGAAUUCAUUGACCCUAAAAAGCACAGGGAAAGACGUUGAAAAAACCGAAAUUUUAGAAGCAAAUGAUAUUAACUUUGGAGGUAAAAAUGGUUCACCAUUCAAUAUGAAAUUUUCAAACAACUACAGAAAAAUUGAAAAAGUAAGCGUAAAAGAUAUCGAAUCAUAUAAAUCUUAUAAUGCAAAUUUAGAAGAGGCUGAUAAAAAUAGGUAUGAACUAAAUGAAGCAAAGAAUAUUCUCGAAGGUUUGUUGUACAGUGGAAGAGAACUUCUUGACAAUGAAGAAAUAAGAGAUGGGCCAGCUGCAGAUAUUGAAGAACUUUCCAAUAUAAUACCAGAGUAUUUAGAGUGGUUGGAACAAACGUCAAAGAAAAUGACAAAAGGACAAAUAAAUAGGAGAAUUGGUCGUGUUAAUAACCUUAUGAAUAAAAUUGAUUUCUUCCUGAGAACUGUGAAUGAAGUUUUAGAUGUUAAAGAAUUUGCAAGACUAUUGCAGUUAGCUGAAAAACUUUCUUCAGAUGUCGCUGCCGAAGAGCAAGGCAUCCAAAAGGAUCUAAUAGACUCUAAAGAUUCAUUUACUAAUUAUAAUCUUGACAUUACGCAAGAAUUUUCUAAUGUUAAGGUUCCUCAAUCCAUAUCUAAUAAUUUAAGGAAUUGGCACGAAAAGUUAUCAGACUUAAAGGAUAAUAUUUAUAUGGUAAAAUAUCUCAAGAACACUGACAUGUUAAAGAGAUUGAGUAGAGAAAGGCUUUUCUCAAUAAAGCAAUCUAUUAAAAAUGCCAUUUCCGGUAUCGAAGAAAGUAUUUCCUUCUAUUUCAAAGAACUUGACUAUAGAAUUCGUUCUGUUCAAUCAACGUAUGAAAGAAAAGUCAGAUCCGCUGAAAGGAAACUGAAAAGGGCUGAAGAGAAGAAAGCAUUAAAAGAUGCUAAAUCUGAUACCAAUACGGUUUCCAAAGUUAAAACUUCAAGAAGGAAUGCUAGUGAAAAUGAGGUGAAAGAAGCUACAUCGACUGGUUCUGGAACAUCGCAUAACUCAGAAAAAUCACAGGUUACAUCGUUGUAA